AUGAAUCGACACUUGCAUUCUCCCACGGUGCUGACGGAAUUUGCACGUAAUUUUGAGGACGAGCAAGAAACUAUUUUUACAAAGUUAGUUAGCAAGCUCACUAACACUAGAAGCAUCACGAACGAGCCUGCCAAUCGGGCAGCAGCCGUUCUGCCGGAGGAACCGGUCAGUGGGCAGGAUGAAUCUUUACAAACCAGUUCACGGCCGGUGCCGAAAACUGAAAGUCGAACGGAAAGUUCCGGUACUCGUACUACCGCAACGAAAGCUCCGCUAGCGGAUUCGUAUAGCCUGCGCGGGUCCACUUCAUCAGUUGUGCCUUUGCCCGGUGAAGAACGCUCCUCAUCUAACGUACUACGGCGGCUAAGUAAUCUAGUUUCACAAAAAUCGACGACCACACGAAGCUAUAAGAACACGGAGCUGCCCAAAUUUUGGAUGCCGGACUCGACCUCGAUCGCUUGCUACGAUUGUUCGGUAAAGUUUUCCACCUUUCGCCGCAAACAUCACUGUCGCCUGUGCGGUCAGAUCUUCUGCACCAAAUGCUGCAAUCAGGUGGUUACCGGGAAAAUCAUUAACUGCUCGGACGAUCUGCGGGUGUGUAACUACUGCUCAAAGGAUGUGCUGACGUAUCUGAAGUCGUCCAACAUUGCGGCCGAUCUGAAGCCUGAUUUGAAAGCCCUGCAGGAUGAUCUGUCACAGAAGCUGUCCAGCUUGCAGCCAGCAGCCGCUGAUGCAAGUUCGUCGCCAACCGUCUCUAGCAGACGCGGCCAGCGCAAGAUAUCGGUCGGCUAUCAGGAGGAACGGUUUGCGACCAGCGCCGGAUCGGGCAUCUCGUCCGCUGACCGGAAGUCGAUUUUGCAACAAUCCAACUCUCUGAAAACGUUGUACGAUGAGAUGUGCCGCUUAUUGCCACUGUACAAUCGGGGUCACGAUCUGAUAGACUUUCUGUUCAGCAAACAAAAGUCGUCCAACAGUAUGCAAGCCGUUGCGAUACUGAACGCCAUGAUUGACGCGGGAUUUUUGAUCGCGAUUGGGGCUUCUUCGCCGGCGGAAGAAGAUUCAUUGGAGAUCUCGGAAGAGGAUCGUCGUGAUCUUGCCGAACAUCUGCAAAGAUUGCAGCAGACGGACCAAGGCGGCAGCGGAGGAUCGGCGGAGGAUGCAGACGAAUUGGGCGGAGUGACGAUCGAGUUUAGCGAAGAUACGGUGUACAAGCUGGCCGUUUUACAAGAUCGUCCCGGUGUUAGUAUUCCAGCUUCAUCUGCCAGCACCGGGUACCAUUUGGAGCUGAACUUUAAGUCCAGUUCAGUGUUGAUGCGUUCCGGCAACGAUGACCAGCUGUCGGUGGACAGUGAGGACGGUGCCAGGGUUGGUGCGAGCGGUGGUGAGUUUGGUGGCAGUGGCACCACGCUCAAUGCGGGCAAUCUGACCGACUCCGCUAUGGACAGUUCGUAUCGAAUAUCGACUGGAGCGAAAGCGCUGCUGCAGGUGUUCUGCGAACACGAAGAACUACUCGUCAAUCAGCUGCUUCGUGCUGCAAAUCUGGACCCAUCGUGGGCCAAAACCCUGAUCCCGAUCGUGGCACGAGUCGCGAACACGUUGCGCUUAGAUGCGGCUUACGGAACCGAUGCGAUGGACAUCCGGAACUACGUGUACUUCAAGAAGGUGCCGGGAGGGGAGCGAAACGAAUCGCAAAUACUGGGCGGAGUGGUAUUUUCGAAGAACGUUGCACACAAGGACAUGCCACAGAAGGUGGACAAACCGCGCAUACUGCUGUUGCAGUGCGCCAUCGCUUACCAGCGGGUGGAAGGGAAGUUUGUGAGCUUCGACACGCUGAUGCUGCAGGAACGGGGCUAUCUGCGGAACAAGGUUUCGAAGAUCAUCAGUCUCGGGCCGAACAUUGUGCUGGUGCACAAGAACGUGGCGGGCAUCGCGCAGGAUUUGCUACGCAAUAGCGGUAUUACGUUGGUGCUCGACGUCAAACUCUGUGUGCUGGAGCGUAUUGCACGUUUUCUCGAUUGCGACAUUAUCAGCUGCAUCGACUCGAACGUUGGGCAACCGAAGCUCGGUGUAUGCGAUCGGUUCCGCAUCCAAACGUUCUGCGAUGAUCAAGGUUCUUCGAAAACACUAAUGUGCCUCGAAAAGCAGCACAGCCCCCGUGGUUGUUGUGUGCUAUUGCGGGGCGCAAAACGUAGCGAGUUGGCCAAGAUCAAGAAAAUCGCUUCCUUGCUGCUGCUGGCGCGCCACAACUGGCGGUUUGAGAUGUCUUAUCUCUGCGAUGUGUAUGCGAUGCCUCCGACACCGCGUUCUAGCAUAUUCGAUUCAAAGGAAUCGAGCCCGUCCGAUGCACCGGAAGCUGCUCAGUCGAGCGAAGGAACAUUUGACAAACGCACGACCGGAAUGGCAAAAGAAAACACUUCCAUUACUGGUGACGCGCGAUUGUGCGGAACAUCAGAGACCAUAGCAAAGCUGACGACGCGCGAAAAUGUGGGUGAUUGGAGUGAUCCACUGCGGGCUGGAGUUUUGGAUCCGGCCGAAGACGCCAACGAGGAUGACACUUCGUUCGAAUUGGCCGUCGAAACACCGAACGAUAAUCGGUUUCGAGCAGCACUUAGUUCAACGAUCCUAUCACUCAGUCCGUUCGUUGGGUUUCCCCUUCCGUACCUGGAAACGGACAGUGGCCGAAAGUGUGCUCUACGGUGCUACUUUCCCGAUGAGCUCUUCUUCUCUCACCAGCUGGCCGAAGGUGCAUCGAGCACGGUGAGCGAUCGGUACCCUUCGUUACCCAACGAAAGCGGUGGAGCAACGGUAGCACAGGACGAGAAAGAUAAGCAGCUGCUUCCUCCUCACCCAUUCGUGACUCACAAGAUGACUUCUUCGGUGGAAAGCAAAGAGAUACAAACCAUACUGGCCAGCUUCUGUGCCACUGGUGGUCGUUAUCCGAAGGUGGCAAUGAGUAAGUUGAGUAGCCGAUCAACGAUCAUUGCCCAACGACCGAUCGAAGAGCUCGUGUACCGCGACGCGCUGGACAUUGAAAACCAUCAGCGUUUGCCAGUGCUAUUUUGCAGCUUCAAUUACAACGAAACCGUACCGUCCACGUUCUGCGCACCGCCCUCUUACUUGGACAUGCAAUUUUAUGGCCAAAACGAUAUCAUGCUCGGCCUGUUUCUCGAGCAGUACUGCUUCCAAAGUUCGUACAUAUGCAAGUCGUGCGAACUGCCAAUGAUGGACCACGUUCGACGGUACGUCCAUUCCGGCGGAUGCAUUCAGGUAAAGCUGGCGGAGGAUCUGGCCAAAAUGGACACCGGCACGAUACUAAUCUCCUCCAAGUGUGCCAUUUGCAACGAGUAUUCGAAACCUGCCCCGAUGUCGCACGAUACGUGGUGCUACUCGUUUGCCAAGUUUCUUGAGCUACGUUUCCACGGCCACGCGUACAAGAAGCGAAACUGUGAGGGGCUUUCGGAAGAUUCGGACACGGACGGAGCGAUGGUUUGUCGUCAUUCGUUGCAUCGUGAUUUUGAGCAAAACUUUUCCUACCAGGGCAUUGUGGCGAUCUUUCGCUAUACGGCCAUCGAUGUAUGGGAGCCAGUGCUGCCAGCGAUGUCGAUUGUGCUCGCUGUGGUGGCAGCUGCUAGCGGUUCCAACAACCGUACGAUCACCGAACAACGGACGGAGGAAAUGAAAGGGCUUGCUGUAAUGGGAUACGAUGUGUACGCGAAGAUUUUGGAAAAGCUAGCGGAAUUGUCCGUCGAUACUGACACGUUCGCGAAGCUGAAGAAAAAAGCGAAUCAAGAUCAGGUUGCCUUCAAGCAGCGGAUCGAGAAGGUGCAGAAGCUGAUGACUGAGGAAGUAAUUUCGGUGGAACUGAUCGAUGAUGCGAUCGUGUUGCUUAAACACACGAUGGCCGAAGCGAUCGAAGAGUGGGAACCGAAGUUGCACGAAAUUAUCACACAAGCAAAGGGAGCUGCCUCCAAACCAGCGGCCACAGACAGUGCUAGCAGUACGGUGGCGAUCGAUAACGGUACGAUCGCUACGGAAGAUUCCGUCACAGCACAUUCCAACGAAAACCCUGCUGCAGGUGACGAUAUGACGCUCGUGCCCAAUCCGGAAGAUGUUCCUAGCGAAGAGCAAUCAGCCGAUGGCAAGGGUGACCCCGAACAGCAUGCUCUCGGCAUCGAAGCGAACCAAGAGGAUGAAAAAGCGGGCAACGUUGGUGAUGAAAAGCCGGCGGGAAGAGAUAGUAUGAAUGAAAAGAAAACGGUCAAAACAUUGCUGAGUCAGUUCCUGUCAACGAACGACUAUUCGCACAUUCUAAGCUCUCCGCUGCCUGCGCACGAGCAUCACUGCUUGAAAGCGGGUCUGUUCCCGAUAGUGGUUAACGAUAUGGAUCUGGGUUCGUGCAUCGCGUACAGCCUUAUGUCGCAAGAGUACCGGAAAAUGUUGGAAACCAUGAACAGCGGAGGCAGUGGUGGAGUGUCCACGGUGGGUGUGGUAGACAAUAGCCCCAACCUUAAGCGCAAAUCUCAGUCCGUUAGUUCAAACGAGGCAGACGAAGCGACGGCCGCUGGUCACGUAAAAGCUGAAUCGGAUAAGAAGCAUAAAAAUUCCGCCCACAGUGAGAUUCACUUUCAGGACGCGAAUUGUAAUUUUGUGUGCAAAAUUUAUUUCGCCAAAGAGUUUGAUCUUAUGCGGUGUCAGAUUCUGAAGCGUCCGGUAGUGUCGUCGGGUAACAGUCAGCGGGCCGCUGGUACUGCAACAACCUUGGAGCCGCAUGUAUCCUCCUCAUCCAAUGGUACUGCUGCAUCGUUGGACGCACAGGACGCGGAAUCGAACGAUAUGAUCCUACGCAAGAUGUUUGCCCGAUCCCUCAGCAAGAGCGUGCGGUGGGAGGCUCGCGGUGGCAAGAGUGGAUCCAAGUUUAGCAAAACGGUCGACGAUCGGUUCGUGCUGAAGGAGAUGUCGCGCAACGAUCUAACGAUUUUCGAAAACUUUGCACCAAAUUACUUCGAGUAUCUUCAGCGGUGCAUUAGCUUAAAGCAAAUUACGCUUUUGGCCAAAAUUUUCGGCGUGUUCAAAAUAUCCAUCAAACGGAAAGAUAACACGACGGUCGAGAGUGCCGUGCUGGUGAUGGAAAAUCUGUUCUGCGGAAAAGAAAUCAACGAAAAGUAUGACCUAAAGGGCUCUGAUCGCAACAGGCUCGUGGAUCCUAGUAGUCAGACUGGCAGCGAGUGUGUGUUGAUGGAUGAAAACUUCAUUCAAAUGUCUUGGACGAAUCCGCUGUACAUUUUGUCCCACAGUAAAUCGGUGCUAAAGGAAGCAAUAACGCGAGAUGCAUGUUUUCUGAUGCAAAACGAAGUAAUGGACUAUUCACUGCUGGUUGGGCUCGACAGGACACAGAAGAAUCUCGUGAUUGGUAUUAUCGAUUACAUACGAACGUACACGCUCGAUAAAAAAUUUGAAUCGAUGAUCAAACAAUCGGGACUUAUGGGCGGACAUGGGAAGCUGCCAACGGUGGUUUCUCCGAAGGCGUACAAAACUCGGUUUAUCGGAGCCAUGGAAAGGUACUUUUUGUGCGUUCCGGAUCGCUGGGAGGGAUUGUCGAAGAAAUGAUACCACCGCUUGCUCUUCACUUUCCAGCUGUGUCUGGCAUACAGCCAAAUAUACAUUCUGUGGUUUGUACCAAUUCCACGUAUUAUCUGUUUUCAAGGGUACUUUUGUGUUACUGGUUUGUGGAUCAGCUAUACUGAUUAUGUUAAUUUCCAUAUUAAAUACACAAUAGAAACAGGAAAUAUCUACUUCAAUUUCAGUAUAAUGUUUUUAU